UUUACUUCACGUUGCGAUUGCGGUUCGUCUAUAGCAGACGCCCUCGUUCCUCCCACUUUCCAAUUUAUUUUGGGUUGAUUGAUAUAAAUGUAUAGUCAGAGCCGAGGCGGCGUGCAGAACACGUGAAUUUGUCAGUAAUCUGUCUGCCGAUGGCCAAGUCGUCUUUCAGUAAGGUAGAUGAAUAUGGAUUUGAACGAGCAGCAGAUUUUGAUUAUGAGUCAUAUGAGGAAUACAUGUCGCAGUAUUUGCCAAUACUUGCUAGACGGGCUCGCAAAUGGGCACGGCUGAUGGGAAACCCAAAUUCAUUAAAGCGUGGUCCAGUUAUCAAACGCUUCAUGAGAAAAGGAGUACCCGCUGAACAUCGUGCAGAGGUAUGGCUUUGGGCCAGUGGAGCAACUCAGCUACAGGAAAAAAUGGGCCCAAACCUUUAUAGAGAAUUAUUAGAAGAAACACACGACAUUGAUGUCGUAAGCACAAUUCGAACUGAUCUGCCUAGAACAUUUCCAGACAACAUAUUUUUCAAUCAAGGUGAUCAAAGUGAGCAUCGAAAUCAGCUUUUUAGGGUUCUUUGCGCAUAUGCACAUCACAAUGAACGAGUAGGUUACUGUCAGGGUCUGAACUAUAUUGCUGGCCUGCUGCUGCUUGUGACUAAGAGUGAAGAAAAGUCAUUUUGGCUGUUGAAAGUUCUUGUAGAACAGAUUUUGCCUGAUUAUUAUGGACCUACCAUGGAGGGUGUUAUUGUUGACAUUGACGUUUUAGGAGAGUUAAUCAGAUUGAAGGCGCCAGCUAUUCACCAACAGGUCACAGCUCUUGGAUUACCUUGGCCAGUUGUCACCACAAAGUGGUUCAUCUGCCUUUUUGCUGAAGUUCUUCCAGUUGAGACUGUGCUUCGAAUUUGGGAUUGCUUAUUUUAUGAAGGAUCAAAGAUCAUUUUUCGUGUCUGCCUUACAUUGAUUAAAAGUCAAAGUAGCUCACUCCUGGCUUGCGAUGACUUUGGAAGUUUGGCUGCAGCAUUUAAAUCUACAACAAGUGCUUCCAGUACCCUGAAUUGUCAUCAAUUCAUGAAGAGUAUAUUCCAAGUUCCUGGGUCCUUGUCCAGCAGUACUAUUAGCACACUCAGGGAAAAAAUAUCACAAGAUCGCCAUAACAGCUAAUAUAUGAUGAUCAUUAAUUCUUUUUGAAUGGUCUCCAUAAGGCUCCCAUGCGUAUUUGAAUUUGUUGUAAAUAUGUCAACCUAAUUGUUGUAUAUGGUAAAAUGAUAAUUAUUCUUAUGAGGACAAUCUUCAAGUUAGUUUCAUCAGUGUGCCCAUUGUUAAGUGAUAACUUAGUGAUAAACUUUAAAAAUAGUGUGCAUGCCACUUUGGAAAUUCUGGGCAUACAUGCUAUUAUUUCCUUUGUGGGCCAAAGAGCAGGGUGUUCAAGCUUUUUUUUAAGCAUAGCCUAAGAUACAAUAGUUGCAAGAUGCAGACAAUUAUUUUGAGCAGCAUCUCUGUAUUUAUUGUCACUUUUUAAAUCAAUCAGAAGAAAAUCGCCUCUUGAAUGUUUUGCCAUAAAUUUACUGACUGGUACAUUGCUCAAACUUGAUGCACAUGUUAAAUUUUUUAAAUUGAGAACAUGAGUUUGCUUUGAUAAUUUCUUCCUUUGUCUCCUUUUCUUUGUUAAGCUGGCCUUGUUUGGUCUGAGUUUCCAGUAUUUAGCCUCUGUGAUAUCUCUCUAAACAAAUAUUAGUAAUAAGCCUGUGAUAAAAUAAUUGGAUAUGAAAUAUACCUGACAUUUUGUAAUCA